CUGAGGCAGGCAGCACACUGGCUCGCUGCCACUUCUUCUUCUUCUCAAGCGGCCGUAGUGUUGAUAGCUGGGAAAUGAUGUCCAUGUGGUCCCACCCCACCACCGAGAAUCCAGGCUGUAUUAUCACUCCCAGUGCGGAGUCUUGAUUUAAAUGUUGCAGAAUAAGUCUUUUUACUAAUAUAAACUGUCAAACAGCACCACGUAUGGUUUUGUUUGAACAAAUACUUUGAAUUGUAUUUUCAAGGAAGUGAUUUUUAUUUACAUUAAACAAUAAUUUCGUCUGCUGUAUUUACAAGCCUUACUCAUCAUUUCCUAUUUAAUUAUAUAUAUUUAAAUAGAAAUUAAAAAAUAUAUAUAUUCACUCCGGGCAGGAGAGGGUUACACUUUCUUACAUUGAAGCCAGCUGACUGACCACGUGACUUUGCGGAAGUGAGAGUAUCAACAACAUGGGUAGAACUUGAGCCGUGUCCUGCAAAAAUGGUGCGAUGUUUUGCCUUGUUUUUCGUCGCUGCUUGUGUGAACGAAGUGUUGUGUAGUCAGGGUUCAGUCGGGGCUCAGUCAGAACCUGCGGCCCCGCAGGGAGCAGCCAGCUGCGGCUGUGAGAAGCUGAAGAGAGCCGCUGCUGUGGAGCCUGUGGAGCCUGUGGAGGACAGGACGGCUUCUGCACACCCAGCUGACAAAUACUCAAGAAGCGCCAAUGAGAGGCUGCCUGAGGCUCAGGGAGAUGAGGAGAAAAUACAAAGUCAGAUGGUGGUGAUUACUGGAGGAGAGUUCCUGAUGGGAACGGACGACCCCGCCAUCCCUGCAGAUGGCGAGGGCCCGCAGAGGCUGGUGCAUGUUGACUCCUUCUUCAUGGACAUCCAGGAAGUCACUAACCAACAGUUCCAGAGCUUUGUCAAUAUCACAGGAUACAUUACUGAGGCAGAGACAUUUGGAGACUCAUUUGUAUUCGAGGGGAUUUUGAGCGAGAGUGUGAAAAACCAAAUCACCCAAGCAGUGGCUGCUGCCCCCUGGUGGCUUCCAGUCAAAGGGGCCAACUGGAGGCACCCUAAUGGUCCAGACUCCAACAUCACAGACGGGCUGGACCAUCCUGUUCUACAUGUGUCCUGGGCGGAUGCAGUCGCUUACUGCUCCUGGGCCAACAAGAGACUUCCUACAGAGGCAGAAUGGGAGUACGCCUGCAGAGGCGGCCUUAAAGACAGACUUUACCCCUGGGGAAACAAUUUGAACCCGAAAGGACAACACUACGCCAACCUCUGGCAGGGGGAUUUCCCCAACCACAACUCUGCAGAGGAUGGAUACGUCAAAACUUCACCGGUGAUGUCCUUUCCUGCCAAUGGUUUUGGUCUGCAUGACAUGGUGGGGAAUGCAUGGGAAUGGACCUCAGACUGGUGGACUGUGCAUCACACUACAGAACAACAACACAACCCAACGGGUCCUCCAUCAGGCACAGACAAGGUGAAGAAGGGAGGGUCAUACAUGUGCCACAAGUCUUACUGCUACAGAUACCGCUGUGCAGCUCGUAGCCAGAACACUCCGGACAGCGCAGCCUCUAAUCUUGGUUUCCGCUGUGUCUCCCAGGGGCAACGGUGACCCGACCUGCUCGGCUUAAACCCAGGGUACCUCAUUCUAGCUGCUCUUCACUUCAAGUUGGUUGUAGAGUAAACCAAUUAAAGUGAUUUAAUAGAGGCAUUGACGUCAUUGACGUGGAGUUGAGAAUGUCUUCCGUUCCAGUAGAUAUUCUCAGAAAUGAAACAUUUUAUAACUUCUUUUUGUGAAGUGAAUAAAAAAGGCAUUCGUUCCUACAUCUCUGUUCUCUUUACACCUCUGAGCACUGGUGGAGAGAGCUCUAAAUAACUCAAGACGUUUCUGCUUUUCAGUGGCAAAGAUCAGUCAGAUCAUGUAAAUUACAAAGAAAUGUUUGCAAGAACUUGUAUAGGUUGGCAUUAUUAUUAUUAUUAUUAAAAGGCCGGCUGAGAGUCCAUGUAAACUAUACAGUUGACGUAAAUAUACACUGGGCAAUUGUGAUUUAAAAUGAUUUACGAUUGAUCAUUGUAAGUAGUGUAAUAGCCUAUCAUUACUUAAUUAAUAUGACAAAUCUGUCACAAAAGGGAUCCUAAACAAUUCAAUAUGUCUUUCUCUUUGUAUGUGUAUUUGUGUGUUCAUAUUAGAAGUGAAUUAUUUCCUGAUCUUUUUAUUUUUUUAUAUUUUUUAUUUCGAGAUUGUUUUCUUUGAAUGUCCGCAGCCGGAAAAUGACAACAUUUCUUAAAUAGCCAUAAUAAAAAACAUUUUUUUUUAUCUUAA